AUAACAUGCUGCGGAAGCACCUGUUGCUCACUUUGCUCAGACCUGACGGACAGGACAGACCGAAAAUUUCUCACUUCGUCUUUCGCCUACUACUACCAAGAACCUAACAGCACCAGGGUGCAUCAGUCAAUCCCCAUGUCUACUGACCAGGAGAGCUGCCAUCUGUGUAAGGAAGACCUGAGGGACCCAGUCUCCAUCCCGUGCGGCCACAUCUUCUGCUCCAUCUGCCUGAAGACCUACUGGGACCACGCUGACCACACCGGUUCCUACAACUGCCCACGUUGUCGGGUCACCUACAACAAGAGACCCACCCCGCGCCGCCUCCAGACCUCCCGCUCCUCCACACACUCAACCCACUCGCAUCCCAGGAUGUCUGAGACCUACCCUCCUCCACCUCCAGACCCAGACUACAACUACGCCGGACCACAAGAUGUGGGAUGUGAUAUCUGUAUUGGGAAGAAGCACAAAGCCAUCAAGACAUGCCUGAUGUGCCUGGCGUCCUACUGUGAGAGGCAUCUAAAGCCCCACUAUGAGAACCCUGCCUUCAAGAGGCACAAGCUGGUGGAUGAGAUCGGCCAUCUGGACAGACAGAUUUGCCCCCAGCAUCAGAAGGGUCUGGAGCUCUUCUGCAAGACGGACCAGAUGUGUAUCUGUGUUCUGUGCACUGUGAAGGAGCACAAAGGUCACGACAUGGUAUCUGCCGAACAGGAGAGGUCAGAAGAACAGCAACGUCUGGGUGCCACCCAGGCAGAGAUCCAGGAGAGGAUCCAUGAGAGGCUUAAGCAGAUGGAGGAGCUGAAACAAGCUGUGGAUUCACUCAAGAGCUCAGCCCAGAGGGCUAUGCAGGAGUGUGAGAAGUUGUUUGGCGACAUGAUGCGUUCCAUCGAGAGGAUGCAACAGGAAAUGACCAAGCUAAUUUCCUCCAAUAAGAGGGCAGCACUGAACAACGCUGAGGGUCACCUCGAGCGUCUGACCCACGAGAUCGCUGACCUCAAGAAGCGAGACAACGAGAUCACACAGCUGUCACGCACAGAGGACCACAUACACUUCAUCCAGAGCUACCACAUGCUAAUCGCUCAGACGGAGGCUGAGGAGCUGCCCACAGUCUCAGUGAACCCCUACUUCUCCUUCGGACCCGUCACCAAGGCUGUCUCUGAGAUGAAGGUUCAUCUCCAUGACAUCAGCAAUGAGGAGCUGGUCAAAGUGGCCAAGACUGUGAACAAAAUGCCUUUCUGCCAACUGGAUGAAGCCAAAAGGAGAAAUACUGUGAAAGCCGAUGCAGUUGUUGCCGUGUACAAGACACCAAGCCAGGAGCCCCAGCACAGAGAAGACUUCCUGAAAUAUGCCUGCGCUCUCACCCUGGACCCCAACACAGCCUACCGCCAGCUAUACCUGUCUAGAGGCAACAGGAAGGCAGCCCUGAAGAGAGAACCGCAGGACUAUGCUGACAGUGCCUCCAGGUUUGACUGCCUGCCCCAGGUUCUCUGCAAAGAGCCCCUGACUGGAGGUGCCUACUACUGGGAGGUGGAGUGGAGUGGAGAGGGGGCCUCCGUGGGGGUCACCUACAAGGGCAUCAAGAGAGUAGGCUACGGGGACAGCUGCCGCAUCGGCUACAACCGCAAGUCCUGGAGCCUUUUCUGCUCCGAUUCCAGUUAUUCCGCCCGAUAUGGUAAAGACCAGGUGGAAAUCAAUGCACCCUACUCCUCCAGGAUAGGUGUCUUCCUGGACCACUCAGCAGGCACCCUCUCAUUCUACACUGUGGGGGACACCAUGUCUCUCAUACACCGCUUCAAGGCCUCCUUUGCCGAGCCUGUCUACCCAGGCUUUUGGGUCUGGUAUGAGUCAGCGGUCACCAUCCGUCAGCUGUCAUAAUAUUAUAUUACCUAUGAUUAAAUUACGAUUGUCCAUGUAUCGGUCAUCAUACGUAUUGUGAUUCAAGUAAUAUAAUUGCAUUUGAUAUUUGACUUGUUUAGAAUCCCCUUUUCUCAAAUUGUACUGGUGUCCUUGGCAAUGUUUUACUUUGUUCUAUUGAGGUUUGAAUUCAUGUUUUAUACUGUAUAUAAAUCAUCAGCUAGAGAGAGAUAUCUCCGACCAAUUGGGUUUGGUGAGUAAAGGAAUAAACAUGUUAUCUAUAAUGUUUUCUUAAUCAUGAAGGAUCUACUUUAGAAUAGACUGAAGUGUCAACUGAUAUAUUUGAUAAACGAAUAUACUCUAUGGAUCAGAUGAAUAAAAUACACCUGAAGUUGUAUAUAUAUACAUGUAUCACACAGAGAAACUGGAAUGUGUAAUACACAUUUAUUUUAUAUUAAUAUAGUAUUUCUGUCGCGUGUGCAUUCAACCCAAUAAUUGAUUUGGAAUAAUUGUAAUAGGAACUGUAAAGCUAGGAUGACCCUUACUGCCACAAUGGAAGACCUGGAAGAAAGGUCUUUAUAUAAAAAUGUUUUCCAUAAGGGCCGGCCAUUGUUGAAAUAGCCGACUCACUGUAAACCGGCUACUUUUUCCGCUUCAUAUAAAUGUUCAUUUAAGUUUCAAUUCGACAGUCAGUAUAGCCUUCUUCCGCUAAAAAAAGGAAAGAUAUGCAUCUUCGAGAUUACACCACCCAGAAAUAUCAAAGAUACUUCUGAAAUGAGCUGCAGGACAGGAAUGAAACUGCAUAUAGGGAUGUUACCAUGAAGCGAUUGGUGAUUGUAAAACAGUUACCUAGUUAAAGCGAGAAAUAAAAAUAGGUAUAUUAAUUGCCUUUGUUUUUAUUGAUCUAAUAUAUUACAUACUUUUUUUUCCAAAAUAAUAGAUACUGGCUGCAGUCCAAACACGUCAUUUUUACCUCCUCAGCCCUUGCGCUAGCCACUUUCCCUCUCGGGAAUCCCAGUCGAAACCGGAUGCAGUUUGAUUGCCAUCUUAAGUAGAAAUCCAAUUCACUUACGUUUCCACCUCGGCCCUGAAUUUAUCUUGAGGGAGCGGGUGAACAACUUGCAGGGUUGAUAUGACACACAAUUCAAUUGCAAACUGUAGUCACAUGUCAAACUUGUGGCCGCGAAGUGUCAAAUUUAAUCAACAAGGCUGCAUUUUCGGCAUGUCAGCAAAAAAUACGAAGCUAGCUUGCUAGAAAAUAUAUAUACACAUUGAUUUUAGCGUUGUCAAAUUGGCUUACUCUUGUAGUGAGCCUAUAAAACGUAGCUAGAUUUAUAAACAUAUUUUUUGGAAUGUUGAAAUUUAUUAGAAUAAAUGACUAUAAAACUAGCUAGCCAGCUAUAGGAAACUGUUUAUUCUGUAUAUUUGUAUUAUUCUUUUCACUCAGUCAUUUAAAUCGUUAUUGUGGAGUCACUACAAUGUUGUUGUUCCAACCUUAGUUUUCUCCUAUCACAGCCAUUUAACUCGGUAACUGUUUUACAAUCACCAAUCGCUUCAUGGUAACAUCCCUAUAUGCAGUUUCAUUCCUGUCCUGCAGCUCAUUUCAGAAGUAUCUUUGAUAUUUCUGGGUGGUGUAAUACAUAAUCCACAGCAUAAUUAUUCACUUGACCAUGCUUCUGUAAGCAUGGUCAAGUGAAUAAUUAUGCUGUGGAUUAUGUAUAUUCAAUGUCUGAUUUGAUAGUGUUACCAUCAAUCACUGCCCUUUUAUGAGGCGUUCAAACGGCUCUCUGGUCUUUGUCGUUGAAUCUGUGCUUGAAAAUCAAUACUUGACUGAGGGACCUUACAAAUGUUGUAUGGGGGACAGAGGAAAUGUUAAUCAUAAACAAAUAAUGUCAACCCCUAUUACUUCACACAUAGUCCAUGUAGCAUAUUAUGUGAUUUGUUAAGCCACAUUUGACUAAUUUAGGCUUGCUGUAAACAAAGGGGCUGAAUUCGUAUGCAAUGGUUAUAUUUUAGUUAUCUAAUUUGUAUUAUAAUUUUUUUACUUUGACAUUACAGAGUACUUUGAAUUCAUUGCUGACAACAAAUUACAAUGAAAAGAAUUUUAAUCCCACUUUUUAACGCAAUAACAUUUUAAGAAAUACAAAGGGUAUGAAUACCUUUGCAAGGCACUGUAUACUUAUAGUGUACUUGAUCACUCACAAGCAGAGUUUCAUAAAAACAAAACUGUCUUUUGAAUUAAUAUAAUAAAUUACAAUUAAAGUGAUUGAAAUUGAA